CCGUACAGCUGCAGAAAUUACGUCACGUUUGUGAGAGAGAAAAAAACAGCAGAGCAGCUCUACCCACUCUCGUUAUCGUUGCCGUCAAACCCAUCGCUGUUAGCUCUGUAACAAAAAAACUGAGAAAAUGGACACUGCAGGAGUCAAAGUGCUGGAAACAGCCGAAGACAUUCAGGAGCGUCGGCAGCAGGUUUUGGACCGCUACAGACGCUUCAAGGAGCUGUCGAUUAUGCGCCGGCAGAAGCUGGAGGACUCUUACCGCUUUCAGUUUUUCCGCCGUGAUGCUGAUGAAUUGGAAAAGUGGAUCCAAGAAAAGCUGCAGAUAGCCUCCGAUGAGAACUACAAGGACCCCUCCAACCUGCAGGGCAAACUGCAGAAACAUCAGGCCUUUGAGGCUGAGGUUCAGGCUAACGCGAGGGCCAUUGUCAAACUGGACGAUACUGGAAACCUCAUGAUCACUGAGGGGCACUUCGCCUCUGAGACCAUUCGAUCUCGCUUAGAGGAACUGCAUCGCUUAUGGGACCUCCUUCUUCAGAAGACCCAGGAGAAAGGUUUGCGUCUGCUGCAGGCCCAGAAGCUGGUCCAGUACCUGCGGGAGUGUGAGGAUGCCCUGGACUGGAUCAGUGAUAAGGAGGCCAUCACCACAUCUGAAGAGCUAGGCCAGGACCUGGAGCAUGUGGAGCUCCUGCAGAAGAAGUUUGAGGAGUUCCAAACAGAUCUGGCAGCCCACGAAGAGCGUGUGAACGAGGUCAACCAGCUGGCGGCCAAGCUGAUUCAGGAAGAACAUCCAGAGGCUGAGCUCAUAGUCCGCAAACAGGAAGAGGUCAAUUCGGCCUGGCAGCGGCUGAAGGGCCUGGCGCAGCAGAGACAGGCCAAGCUGUUUGGGUCUGCAGAAGUACAGCGCUUCAACAGAGAUGUUGAUGAGACAAUCAGCUGGAUCAGGGAGAAGGAACAACUGAUGGCAUCUGAUGACUUUGGACGUGACCUGGCCAGCGUUCAGGCUCUUCUGCGCAAACACGAGGGUUUGGAGAGAGACCUCGCCGCUCUGAAUCAAAAGGUCGAUACACUGGGUGUUGAAGUGGAACGUUUGCAGCAGACGCAUCCCCAAAAUGCUUCUCAGAUCCACCUGAAGAAGGAUGAGCUCAUCACCAACUGGGAGCAGAUCCGCACUCUGGCUGCUGAGCGCCGCACCCGCCUCAACGACUCCUACCAGCUCCAGCGCUUCCUUGCAGACUUCAGGGAUCUGAUCAGCUGGGUAACGGAGAUGAAGGCUCUGAUCAAUGCUGAUGAACUGGCUAAUGAUGUGGCUGGGGCAGAGGCUCUGUUAGACCGCCACCAGGAGCACAAGGGAGAAAUUGAUGCCCACGAGGACAGUUUCAGAGGCACUGAUGAGUCUGGAAAGGCUUUGCUCAGUGCUGGACACUACGCCUCAGAGGAGGUCAAGGAAAAGCUCGGCGUUCUUACAGGAGAGAAAGAGUCUUUGCUGGAGCUGUGGGAGGUUCGCAGGCAGCAGUAUGAGCAGUGCAUGGACUUGCAGCUCUUCUACAGGGAUACUGAGCAAGUCGACAACUGGAUGAGCAAGCAAGAGGCUUUCCUCCUGAAUGAAGACCUUGGAGACUCUCUGGAUAGUGUUGAAGCGUUGCUGAAAAAGCAUGAAGACUUUGAGAAAUCCCUCAGUGCUCAGGAAGAGAAGAUCACUGCUCUGGAUGAAUUUGCCACCAAGCUAAUUCAGAAUAACCACUACGCCAAAGAGGACGUGGCUACGCGCCGUGAUGCUCUGCUGAGUCGCCGUAACGCCCUUCAUGAACGCGCUCAGUCACGCCGUGCCGCAUUGGAGGACUCUUUCCACCUGCAGCAGUUCUGCAGGGACUCUGACGAGCUAAAGAGCUGGAUCAACGAGAAGAUGAAGACGGCCACUGAUGAAUCUUAUAAAGAUCCCUCCAAUCUGCAAGGCAAAGUGCAGAAACACCAGGCCUUUGAAGCCGAGCUCUCUGCCAACCAGAGCCGCAUUGAUGCCCUGCAGAAGUCUGGCCAAGAGCUGCUGGACAGGAAGCACUACGCUGCAGCUGAGGUGGCUGCCCGCAUGGAGGAGGUCAGCUCCCAGUGGAAGAAGCUUCUGGAAGCCACUGAGUUUAAAGGCAUCAAGCUCCGUGAGGCCAACCAGCAGCAGCAGUUCAACAGGAAUGUGGAGGACAUUGAGCUUUGGCUGUAUGAAGUUGAGGGCCAACUUGCUUCAGAUGAUUUUGGAAAAGACCUGACAAGCGUCCAGAACCUGCAGAAGAAACAUGCGCUGCUGGAGGCUGACGUGGCUGCUCACCAGGAUCGAAUCGAUGGAAUAACCAUCCAGGCUCGCCAGUUCCAGGAAGCCGGGCACUUUGAUUCUGACAACAUCCGCAAGAAGCAGGAGGCUUUGGUGGUUCGUUAUGAAGGUCUGCGGGAGCCCAUGGCUGCACGCAAGCAGAAGCUGUCUGACUCUCUCAGACUCCAGCAGCUUUUCAGAGAUGUUGAGGAUGAGGAGACCUGGAUCCGUGAAAAAGAGCCCAUCGCCGCUUCUACCAACAGAGGAAAAGACCUGAUUGGUGUGCAGAAUCUUCUGAAGAAGCACCAGGCUCUGCAGGCGGAGAUCACAGGCCACGAGCCUCGCAUUAAAGCCGUCACCCAGAAAGGAGAGGCUAUGGUGGAAGAAGGCCACUUUGCUGGUGAGGAUGUAAAGACAAGGUUGGCUGAGCUGCAUGGACGCUGGGACACCCUGAAGGCAAAGAGUUCCCAAAGAAGACAAGACCUGGAGGACUCCCUGCAGGCACAGCAGUACUUUGCUGAUGCCAAUGAGGCAGAGUCCUGGAUGAGGGAGAAGGAGCCCAUUGUCGGGAGCACUGAUUAUGGAAAAGAUGAAGACUCGGCUGAGGCUUUGCUGAAGAAGCACGAGGCCCUGAUGUCUGACCUGAGCGCUUAUGGCAGCAGCAUUCAAGCCCUGAAAGAGCAAGCUCAGGCCUGCAGGCAACAAGUGGCCCCGACUGACGACGAGACCGGGAAAGAGCUGGUUCUAGCUCUCUAUGACUACCAGGAGAAGAGCCCCCGAGAAGUUACCAUGAAGAAGGGUGACAUCCUCACCCUGCUCAACAGCACCAACAAGGACUGGUGGAAGGUGGAGGUGAACGACCGCCAGGGCUUUGUUCCUGCUGCAUACGUGAAGAAGCUAGACCCAACCCAGUCCUCAUCCAGGGAGAACCUGCUAGAUGAACAUGGCAGCAUCGCAGUCCGCCAGGAGCAAAUUGAGACUCAGCUUGUUACCAAGGAGGCCUGCAGCGUUUCAGUGCGCAUGAAGCAGGUGGAGGAGCUGUACGGCACUCUGUUAGAACUGGGAGAGAAGCGCAAAGACAUGCUGGAGAAGAGCUGCAAGAAGUUCAUGUUGUUCCGUGAGGCCAAUGAGCUCCAGCAGUGGAUACAUGAGAAGGAGAGUGCCCUUACCAAUGAAGAGGUUGGCUCAGAUUUGGAACAAGUGGAAGUCCUUCAAAAGAAGUUUGAUGACUUCCAAAAGGACCUGAAAGCAAAUGAAUCUCGCCUGCGGGACAUCAACAAAGUGGCGUCAGAGCUGGAGUCUGAAGGCCUGAUGGCAGAGGAGGCUCCCAUGGUCCAGGCACAGCAACAAGAACUUCUGGGCUCUGCUCCUGGAAAGGAUGAAUCUGAUUCUAAGACUGCAUCUCCAUGGAAGACGGUUCGCCUGGGAGUUCAAACUACCGCUAACUUUAAUUCCAUCAAGGAGCUGAACAAUCGCUGGCGGUCGCUGCAGCAGCUGGCUGAAGACAGGAGCAACCUGCUGGGGAGUGCCCAUGAGGUGCAGCGAUUCCACAGGGAUGCUGAUGAAACCAAGGAGUGGAUUGAGGAGAAGAACCAAGCACUCAACACGGACAACUAUGGACACGACCUGGCCAGUGUUCAGGCCCUGCAGCGCAAGCAUGAGGGCUUUGAGAGAGACUUGGCUGCCCUGGGUGAUAAGGUGAAUUCUCUUGGAGAGACAGCGGAGCGCCUUAUCCAGUCGCACCCUGAGGCGAAGGAUGACAUCCAGGAGAAAUGCACAGAGCUGAACACAGCCUGGAGCAGCCUGGUGGGACGAGCCGACCAGCGCAAGGAAAAGCUCAGCAACUCUCAUGACCUGCAGCGCUUCCUCUCUGACUUUAGAGAUCUCAUGUCCUGGAUUAAUGGAAUCCGAGGACUGGUGUCCUCAGAGGAGCUGGCAAAAGAUGUUACUGGAGCUGAGGCUCUGCUAGAGAGACAUCAGGAGCACCGCACAGAGAUCGACGCUCGUGCUGGAACCUUCCAGGCCUUUGAACAGUUUGGUCAGCACCUGCUGGCUCGAGGUCACUAUGCCAGUCCUGAGAUUCAACAGAAACUGGAGGCUCUGGACCAGGAGCGUGCCGACCUGGAGAAGGCCUGGGUUCAGCGCCGCAUGAUGUUGGACCAGUGCCUGGAGCUUCAGCUUUUCAACAGAGACUGUGAGCAGGCAGAGAACUGGAUGGCAGCUCGGGAGGCCUUCCUUGCCAGCGACGACAAGGGAGACUCCCUAGACAGCGUCGAGGCCCUCAUCAAAAAACACGAGGACUUUGACAAAGCGAUCAAUGUGCAGGAGGAGAAGAUUGCUGCCCUGCAGUCCUUUGCUGACCAGCUGAUUGGAGCUGGUCAUUACGCCAAACCUGACAUCACAAACCGCCGCAAUGAGGUGCUUGACAGGUGGCGCCGGCUGAAGGCCCAGAUGAUCGAGAAGCGGUCGAAGCUGGGUGAAUCCCAGACCCUGCAGCAGUUCAGCCGGGACGUGGAUGAGAUCGAGGCCUGGAUCAGUGAGAAACUGCAGACUGCCACUGAUGAGUCCUACAAGGAUCCCACCAACAUCCAGCUUUCCAAGCUGCUGAGCAAACAUCAGAAACAUCAGGCCUUUGAAGCCGAGCUGCACGCCAAUGCAGACCGGAUCCGUGGAGUCAUCGACACCGGAAACGCUCUGAUCCAGAGGGGAGGCUGCGCCGGCAGUGAGGAUGCAGUCAAGGCUCGUCUGAACGCUCUGGAUGAGCAGUGGCAAUUCCUCGUCAACAAAUCUGCAGAAAAGAGUCAGAAACUGAAGGAGGCCAACAAGCAGCAGAACUUCAACACUGGCAUCAAAGACUUUGACUUCUGGCUCUCUGAGGUGGAAGCCCUUCUUGCUUCUGAAGAUUAUGGCAAAGACCUGGCUUCAGUCAACAACCUGCUGAAGAAACACCAGCUGCUAGAAGCAGACAUUUCUGCCCAUGAGGAUCGCCUGAAGGAUCUUAACGGUCAGGCAGACAGCCUGAUGGCCAGCAAUGCCUUCGACACCACCCAGGUGAAGGACAAGCGCGAUGCCGUGAACGGACGCUUCACCAAGAUCAAGAGCAUGGCUGCAGCCCGCCGUGCAAAGCUCAACGAGUCCCACCGCCUUCAUCAGUUCUUCAGGGACCUGGAUGAUGAGGAGUCUUGGAUCAAGGAGAAGAAGUUGCUCGUGGGUUCUGAAGACUACGGACGUGAUUUGACAGGAGUGCAGAAUCUGAGGAAGAAACAUAAGAGGCUUGAGGCUGAGCUAGGAGCGCAUGAGCCAGCCAUCCAGUCGGUGUUGGACACUGGGAAGAAGCUGUCAGAUGAUAACACCAUUGGUCAGGAGGAGAUCCAGCAGAGGCUGGCCCAGUUUGUGGACCACUGGAAGGAACUCAAUGACUUAUCUGGAGCGAGGGGGAGGAGGCUGGAGGAGUCGCUGGAGUACCAGCAGUUUGUGGCGAAUGUGGAGGAAGAAGAAGCGUGGAUUAAUGAGAAGUUGAAUCUUGUGGGAAGUGAGGACUACGGAGACACACUGGCUGCUGUUCAGGGUUUGCUGAAAAAACACGAAGCGUUUGAGACGGACUUCACCGUUCACCGCGACAGAGUCAGCGACGUGUGCGCCAACGGAGAGGAGCUCAUCAAGAAGAACAACCAUCACGUGGACAACAUCAAUGCCAAGAUGGCCGCUCUGCGAGGAAAGGUGUCAGAGCUGGACAGGGCCGCCGCUCAGAGGAAGGCCAAGCUGGACGAGAACUCUGCCUUCCUGCAGUUCAACUGGAAGGCGGACGUGGUGGAGUCCUGGAUCGGCGAGAAGGAAAACAGCCUGAAAACUGAUGACUACGGCAGAGACCUUUCCUCAGUGCAGACUCUGCUCACCAAACAGGAAACAUUUGACGCCGGUCUGCAGGCCUUCCAGCAGGAGGGCAUCACCAACAUCACAGCUCUGAAGGACCAGCUGCUCACUGCCAAGCACGUCCAGUCCAAAGCCAUCGAGGCUCGCCAUGCGGCUCUGAUAAAACGCUGGAACCAGCUGCUGUCCAACUCUGCUGCACGAAAGAAGAAGCUUCUUGAGGCCCAGGAGCACUUCAGAAAGGUCGAGGACUUGUUCCUGACCUUUGCCAAGAAGGCGUCGGCUUUCAACAGCUGGUUUGAGAACGCAGAGGAGGACUUGACCGAUCCGGUGAGGUGCAACUCUCUGGAGGAGAUCCGGGCGCUGCGUGAAGCCCAUGAGGCCUUCCGCUCCUCUCUGAGCUCGGCUCAGGCGGACUUCAACCAGCUGGCAGAGCUGGACCAACAGAUCAAGAGCUACCAGGUUGUGUCCAACCCGUACACCUGGUUCACCAUGGAGGCCCUGGAGGAGACCUGGAGGAACCUACAGAAGAUCAUCAAGGAGCGGGAGCUGGAGCUGCAGAAGGAGCAGAGGAGGCAGGAAGAAAACGACAAGCUACGUCAGGAGUUUGCUCAGCACGCUAAUGCUUUCCACCAGUGGCUGCAGGAGACCAGGACUUAUCUUCUGGAUGGCAUAGCGUAUCGCCGGGUUAUCUAUGUCUAUCAGUACCAAGUAGCUGAUGAUCUUUCAGGAAGGUCAUGUAUGGUGGAGGAGUCUGGUACACUGGAGUCCCAACUGGAGGCCACUAAGCGGAAGCACCAGGAGAUCCGCGCCAUGCGCAGCCAGCUGAAGAAGAUUGAAGACCUGGGGGCGGCCAUGGAAGAAGCUCUCAUCCUGGACAACAAGUACACAGAGCACAGCACGGUGGGCCUGGCCCAGCAGUGGGACCAACUGGACCAGCUGGGCAUGAGGAUGCAGCACAACCUGGAGCAACAGAUACAAGCCAGAAACACCACCGGAGUGACAGAAGAGGCUCUUAAGGAGUUCAGCAUGAUGUUCAAACACUUUGACAAGGAGAAGUCCGGCCGCCUGAACCAUCAGGAGUUCAAGUCGUGUCUGCGCUCUCUGGGAUACGACCUACCCAUGGUGGAGGAAGGAGAACCUGAUCCUGAGUUUGAAGCCAUACUUGACACAGUGGAUCCAAACAGGGAUGGGAACGUAUCGCUGCAGGAGUACAUGGCGUUCAUGAUCAGCCGUGAGACGGAGAACGUAAAGUCCAGUGAAGAGAUUGAGAGUGCCUUCCGGGCUCUCAGCGCUGAAAACAAACCCUACGUCACUAAAGAGGAGCUCUAUCAGAACCUGACCAGGGAGCAGGCCGACUACUGUCUGUCCCACAUGAAGCCGUACCUGGACAGCAAGGGCCGCGAGCUGCCGUCGGCGUUCGACUUUGUUGAAUUCACUCGCUCGCUUUUCGUCAAUUGAUCCCCCACCCCCUUCCCCAGUGACCAAUCAGGAAGCGUUUUCCCCACACACUUCAUCAACCUCACAGCUGAAUCUGCAUGAUGGUGGCACAUGAAACUCACUUAAGUAUCUGUAAUGUCAGUUUAUCUCACCUUUAGCUACGUGUGCUUCUCAUCAUAGCUUAGUAAAUCCCUUUGCUUCUGAAUGUGACUGUUUUUGCUGUUUUAGCUUGUGCUUUUAAUGAUGUUAAGAACUAUUAUAACACCUUAAUGACUGCAGUGUGCUUCAAUAAACGCAAAUGGUUAGAACUGGAAA